ACUUCUGGUUUAGUUGAAUGCACGCUUUCGCUCUGGCUGGAUGUAUAGUACAUUAAGUACAAAAUAAUUGUUUGAGAUUUUUUUCAGUGCACAAAAAGAUAAUAAUUAUAAUAAUAACAAAUAAUUGAUUUUUAGCCGAGAGUGGGUAAAAUAAGUAAAUAUCAGUAUGUGUAUGUAUGUGUUUCGUAACUUUUAGUAGUGAUGAAUUCGUUCGAAAAAUGGUUUUGAUGAGCUCUUGAGUACAUACAUAUGUACGUACAUACAUAAAUUGAUUAUAUAAAAGUGACAGAAAUAUUGCUGGUAAACAGUGAAGAUGUUGGACUCAGCUGCACUGAAGACCUUACUAAACAGUUGGGGUAUACCCGAAUUGUUAUCACAGUUUCAAGACGAAAACAUCGGCAUCGACGAACUGAGAAUGAUGAAAUGCCACCACAUCGGCGAACUUUUACAUUCCUACAAGCUCGGCACACGUAUACGCUUUGAAUAUUACUUCGAGCGUUGGCGUCGUGAUCAAAAUCAACCAUUGCUGGCUGCCAGCGCACCAAAUCACUACCAACACUACAACCCGUGCAACACGUUGGCGCGCACAACGCACUUGCCACACACCACCACGUCGCCCCCAACACCGACGGCAACAGCAAGCGAUGUGAUAACGGUUCAUAAAAGUGUGCAAACACGUGCUACGAAUACGGCAGCGGUGCGUUGCGUCAACGUAGCGACCAAUACGUCAGAGGUGUUAUUUAAAAUGCCGACACAGAGUAAGACGCCGCCGCCGUUGGCGCCCGUUAAGGAUGCGUUGCGUGAGAUGCCACAGCUGACACGUCAGCCGAGCAUGCUGGAGGACGGCAUUAUGUCGGAGCCUGCAACGAAUGCGUUGCCACUUAAUACAACAACAACAACAGCAACGCCAACCGCAACAACAACUAGUGGUGGUGGCUCACGCUUAGCGCCACAAUUCCAAUUUAUCAACGACACGGACGAGGAAGAAGUUGAUAACGGUCCACUGUUGCACAUACUGAACUCGUCGGGUUUUAAGGGCCUCUCACUGCUCGAAUACUACCAACAGCAUCAGCAUUUUAUGAAUGUCCAUCGUACGCUGCUCAUACAGUUGAUAGUGAAUUUCUUCGAUAUGAAUGAAUAUCAUUUGUCACUGCGUGUUAGUCAUAAUUUGGAGCAGCAGAUAUUGCAGCUCUUCCCCAGCGAAAAAUUGGAAUACUAUCGCACCGAGAAACGUGGCAAAAUCUAUGUGAAAUUCUGCAAUAUGAAGCGUUAUAAACGCGAUAAGCCAAUGCUGAAGCGCAAGUGGAUGGACGAUGCGGAUGCGGGUGAAGACAGUGGUGGUGGUGGUGCUCGUGAUGUUGAUGCCGUUGCUGCUGCGAGUGGUGGCAUUAGCAAUAGGCCAACGGAACCGGAGGUUGGUAUUGAAUGUGGCGAUGACGAUGUGGAGGAUCUGGCGCAAAGCUUUAAAUACUGGCAUGCCCAACAUUCGCCCAGCGGGGUGCAAGUUAAGACUGAGUCGCUAAGCGAUGGUGAUUUCUACUGAUAAGCGAUGGCAAUGAUGUUGAUGGUGAUCUUAAAGUUGUGACUUAGUUUUAUGUGAUGUAUGUAUAUGUUCCUUGUGUAGCGUGUGAGGUCAAUAAAGUUGAAUUAAUUGGUGUCAAGUUGGUGGUUUUCAACAUCUUUACGUUGAGACAUAAAGUCGAGUUUAGUGUUUUAUGUUUGUAAACAAACUCGAGUUUAUUGGCUUGUGUGUUAUAAAUAAACUCUUGCUUAGAAAGAAACUCGC